UCAAGCUCUUUAAGACAUGGUCAAGCUUUUUUGCUUUGAGGAUAGUUUGGGCACUGAAGCUCAAAGAUGUCCUUUGCUUCUUCAACACAACCCCAUUCAUAAGAAGGUUCCAGUGCUUGUGCACAACGGAAAAUCAAUUGCUGAAUCUCUUGUGAUCCUUGAAUACAUCGAGGAAACAUGGAAACAAAACUCUUUGCUACCCCAAGAUCCUCAUGAUAAAGCCGCUGCACGAUUUUGGGCCAAAUUUGGUGAUGACAAGAUUUUUCCACCUAUUGUGGACACAUUAUGCAGUGAAGAGAAAGAGCAAGAGGAAGCUAUUGUGAAAGCAAAGGGGAAAUUGAAGUACUUGGAAGGUGUACUUACAUUAGCAUUUGCCAAGCAUAAUUAGCUCUAAUGAGUCACGCUCAUGCCACCGCUAGCGGUACCAACUCCCACCAGCGGGGUGACCUAC